AUGAGUUCAGAGACGGAGACCAACCCAUUGGACAUCACUUCAGUUGAUCCGCAACUCAUGUCCGACUUGUCUGAGUACCGGAUCGGAGCCAUCGACUACUUUGUGGCCAUUUAUUCGCAUCACUUCGACAAACGAUUCAAAGAAGUGACCCAUAGUUUGGCCGAAGACGAGGACAAGCGGAAGAAGUUUGCGGACAUGAGAGCCAAUCACUUGAGACAAUGCGAGCAAUACAUCGAAAAGCGUUUGGACUUAGAGUUGAAGCAACUCUUUGACGACCAAUUGGUGGUCCAGAAAGUGAAGUACAUAUCAGACAAUAGAGUGGAUGUGGAGUUCCCGGACCUCCAGAGGGCUAUACAACCGGUGAAACAGGAAUGCGUGGAACGGCUCGUGAAGUUUGAGGCGAUGGUCACCGAAGUGUUGGACAAUAAACACAAACAGUUGGCGGAUGUGACCGAAGAGGUGACACAAGCGCUACACCAAUACGAGUCCAAUCGGCGCUCACUUCAGAAGCACGUCUUGACGACAAUCAAUGAGUUGGAGUCCAUUGAGAUACCAGACUUGAAUUGACAUGAAUGUCAUCACAACCACUAUAACAAUGACAACUCCAAUACAGAGGUCUUUAAUAUAGUUACCA